AUGAGAGUUUUGCUAGAAUUCAGAUCUGGUCUGAUGACUGGAAGGCUUCUUGCCCCAAGAACAGGCUCAAUCACGUUGCUUGCACUGAGACGCCUCAGUCAGACUUCCCGCCGCUUAGCGCAGCCCUACGACGAUAAACCCAGUCUAGACAAGAUCAUGAAGAAGUAUGAGGCUCAAUUUGAGAUUGCCAAAAGUGUGCAUGAGCGUCGCAAACUGAGUUCUCAACUGGACAAAGAAAUUGCCGAUAUUCGCGAUGCUUCCAGCACGCCCCCACCAUCUGACGCCUCCAAGACAGAGUCCAAAUACAAGUCUUCAAAGGGCAAAAAGAGAAAGUUCAAGACUCUCAAGGUGGCAAUCUGGGGUUUUCUGAUUGGAGCUGCCUUUUCCAAAUUUGUUCCUGCAUAUACCUUGUACGACAAGUAUGUUCUGGGAACAUUGCCUACAGACCCGAUCUCUACGGAAGAGUACAUUACCGCUCUCGAAAAUCAGCUGCAGAACCUGGAUGUGGUCAAGCAGCUAUAUCAAGACCCCCGGUAUCUUUCUUUUCGUGCGUGGGAAAAUUUGGAGGCCAAUUCAUUAAAGGAGACAAUGGUUAACUCGACGUUGGCAACACCGGGUGGGUUUGCAGUUGAGCCUCUGAUCUUUCUGGAUCCUAUUUCAAAAGAGUCGGUCACGAUUAUGCACGUGGGAAGAAGGUUGUGUGGAUAUCCAAUGCUGGUUCACGGUGGAAUUCUAGCCACAAUAUUGGAUGAGAAUCUGAAACGGUGCAGUUUGACUGAGUUCAAACAGCGGUAUCCCACUGAGACUGCACGGAUGUCCUUCCGAGAUGAAAGAUCAUAUGCAAACAUUCACGCGGAGAAUCUCACCCUUCAGUACCGCUUUCCUACUCUGGCGAACAGGUUCAUAGUGAUCAGGGCUAAGUGCGUUGGCGCCACAGAAGAUUCUGUCGAAGUACAGGGAUUAAUCACUACGACUAAGGGAAGGCCUUUGGUCAAGGGCACAUCUACUCUGACGAUGAACGUGAAAUCCAAGCCGGAAUCGACGCGCAACGGCUGGUUUUGGCAUUGA